ACAGAAAUGGAUAGGAGACUCCGAAUCUACGUCCUCUUUUACAAUGAACAUAAGAAGACGAUGCCCAUAGGUCGAAGAGAGUAUCUAUGGGAGGAUACGAGGGAGCUCUUCCAAAUCCCACUCGACAAAGACAUCAAAUUGAAAGUUAGGAGAGAUGGGGAAUUCCAUGAGGUCGAGAGUCCCGAUGAGAUUUCGAGCGGGGGUGCCACCAUUCUUGUUGUUGCCACAGAAAGUUCUGAGAGAUUGCCCAUCGAGAGUCCGCCUCACAGAAUCACCGAACCGCCUCCAGAGCAAAUGAACUAUCUCAGAUCUACAGAUUCCCCUACUCCGAAAGCUCUAGAGGAAGCUAGAUUUGAUGAUGUGCAAGAAUUGCACCAAACAUUUCCCAUACCUGGGAAUCUUCUUCCAACUCACCGUGAAGAAAAUGCACAGCAUGAUCAGCAUGGUGGAACAUCUAGGUGGGAACUGCAAAGCGUGACCAAGGGAGACUCGGGCAUCUUUGAAGAAUCCAUUUUGACGGAGGUGAAAGAGAGCGUGCUUAAGAUCUGCAAACCGAGGAAGAGGAUCAUGAUGAUGGAUCAAGAGAACCAUCUGUUUGUAUACAGCAUUGGAAGGCGACCAAUUUCAAUUCGAAUGUAUGGCAAGGUCAUUCUCCUUCUCGGGGCCACUGGAGCAGCUAACUGUCUUUUUGCGAGAGAAGAAAAUAUGAAGUUGUGCUGGGACCAGAUGAAGAAGAGUAUGGGGGAUUAUUUUUGUAUGCUGGAGGAUGUGAUGCCAUUGAGCGCCACCUCGACCAAAGAAGUCCUCAAGGAGCGAGAGGCAAUUGAAAAGGUCGUCCAAGAGCUACAGGACCAGAUUCAACGAGGUCUCAAGCAGCUGGAACAUAUUCAGGUCGUCUACGAUAGAGUGAAGAACGAUAUUAGCAAACGAGAUGCGAUGACGGUAGAACUGAUGAACAUCGGGAGGCAAUUCAGUUUUAAGCAGUUGGAGGUGCAUGCACUCAUUCGUCAAGCUCAUGCCGCCUUCUCCAAACUAGAAGAAAUCGCCGUAAAACCAGAUGUCUUCACUGUGGUGGAGUACAUCGACCUUCUCAUCCAACAAGAGCAGCGUCAAGGCGGCAGAAGAAGGAUUGAAGCCCUGGAAGCCUCGCGCCAGACCGCCAUGUGGCUAUCGGCCAUGAAGAAUCAGAACUGGGAUCCAUUCGAUGAACCUCUCUCCGACCUGAAUCAAAUCAUCCUUGGACUCCCUUCAAAGCACGAGGACAGCGAUGUGCAUUUCCUCAGGCAGCCUGAAGGAUUCAUAUACACUCUCAAGAAAAUUUUCCUCUAUCAUCGGUAUGGG